CUCUCCCUAUAUGGUGGUCUUAGUUUUUCUUUGGUUUCGUCUGGAUUGUCUCUUCAUUCUGUUCCAGCCCUGAGAAGUGGCAACACCACCACUCUUUCUACCUCUACUGGCCUAGGAGCGGCUCUUUAAAAUCAGUUGUUGCCUUUUUCACUCACCCCACGCUCGAUCAAACCAAGCUGAACGGGCAACUGGAUUUCUUUCGCUCCAUCAGUCCUUCUUUGACUUGGGAGAGUUGACUGAUCCGAAUGUAGCUGGCCGAUUCGGUGGUGAAGAUAGUAUCAUCCAGUUUGACCGGAUCGUCCGCAGUCAAAUCUUUCUGGACCAAAUAAGUGGGUGCUUUUAAACUCAUCUCGUGGAACUUCGAAUCCUCUCUCUAUCCAGUUUGCUACAAAACCCUCCAAUCAAGAUGGCGCUACCGUUGAAGACCGUGCUAGUAUUCGGCCUGUUGGCCCUAAUGGCCUCACGCUCGCCUGUCAACGCCCAAGACGAGCCCGAACAGCUCGAACAACCUGAACAGCCCGAGCAAGCACCGCAGCAACAACAGGAACCUGAACAACCCGACGGACCCACUCAAUGUCCGGACGAUCAGGUCUCGUUCGAAAUGGUCACCGGAUUUGUGUACACGGCUCCCGCAGACAUGCUGGACUCUCAGCCCGGCACCCUGAUGCUCACCGAUUGCAUUGACACGUGUCGACAAAAUUCAUCCUGUCGAUCUAUCAACUACGAGACCGGGCUUUGCGUCCUUUUCUCGUCUAACGCCGACGAUAACGACAGCCAACUGACUCCUUCCCAAUUCCCCGUGUUCACCAUCUACGUCCAGAAAACGUGCCUUCCCUCGGCGCAGCGAUGCCAAGCGGCCUGGAGCUUUGAGCGGGUUAUGAACCACGAACUCCAGACGGAAGUCAUCAAGUCAGGACAAGCUGCCAAUCGAGAGGCGUGUCAAGAGCUCUGUUUGGGCGAGAAGGAAUUCGAAUGCCGAUCCGUCAUCUUCAACACGGAAAGCGGUGAAUGUAACUUGAUGGACCAGGAUCGUCACACGUUAGCUGGAUCCCCGUCGUUCAUGCCUUUGGAGAAGAGCGACUACAUGGAGAUCAAUUGCGCCAUCAGUGAUCCCAAGAAACUCUGCUUGUACGAUGAGGUGAAGGGCAAGAUUCUUAAGACCGUGGACAUGGUCUACCAAGGGAUGGCUUCCAAAGAGGAUUGCGAGGAUAUCUGCAACAACGCCCCAUUUCGAUGCCACUCCUACGACUUCAACGACACCGGUGACAACGUCUGCAGGUUGAGCCAUCACUCCGCCCACUCACUGACCCAGAUUGAAGAGCCCUACUUGGCCAUUGAGGAGGCCACCACCUAUGAGUUGAUCUCGUGCUACAACGUGACCAUUGCUUGCCAUUCCGGUGACAUGACGGCCAACAUUCAGACCUCGGCCCUUUUCAAUGGCAAGAUCUAUGCCAAGAGCAGCCCGGUCAAUUGCGUGGUGGAUGUGAGCAACUCGCUGAAUUUCUCCAUCACCAUGGCCUACAACGACCUGGAGUGCGGUGUAGAGCGAGAAGGACCCGGCAUGUACACCAACGAGGUCAUCGUCCAACACCACGAUCGCAUCGUUACCUCCGACGACUUGGGACUGGAUCUGACUUGUCAAUACGACUUGACCAACAAAUCCGUGUCCAAUACGGUUGAUCUGACCAUUACUGGGGAAAUCACCCCUUCCCUGUACGAGGAGGCCGUGGUGGAUUCACCCAAUGUGAUCAUGCGUGUGGAAGAUGCCAGUGGGGCCGAUACCAAAACGGCAGUUGUCGGGGAUCCGCUCAAUUUGGUGUUCGAAAUCUUGGACGAGGAUUCGCCAUAUGAGAUCUUUGUUCGCGACCUCGUGGCCAUGGAUGGCGCCACCGACACCGAAUUACUUCUCAUCGACGAAAGGGGUUGCCCGGCUGAUCCCACUAUCAUGAGUGAGCUCCGCAAGAGCGCCCUCACCCCCAAGAUGCUCCUGUCCAACUUUGACGCCUUCCGAUUCCCCACUUCUCAAGUGGUCCAAUUCCGAGCUUUGGUCACACCCUGUAUGCCCACGUGCGAGCCCGUUCAGUGCGAGGUCCUCGAUUAUACGGGUCAAAACCGCGGAGUCGAAUCUUAUGGACGCAAAAAGCGCUGGCUCUCGACCAUUGAGGAUACGUUCCAAUCUCGUCGGAGACGGAACACGCCCGAGAGCGACGAGGUGCUCGUGGUCCAGACCAUCCAGAUUCUGGACAAGCUCGGCAAGCAGCGACAUCGCCACCGAAGCAAUCCCAACCAGGAGAAGUUCCCCCAGUACAAUGCCACUUUCGGGGGGGAUCUAUUUGGCGAGAUUGAAGUCGACUCUUCCGCUUGCGUCAACCCCGAACAGGCCGAGUCCACACUGAUGGCAGGGGGCGUGGUGUUCCUUGUGUUGCAGGUCCUGAUCCUCCUUUUCUGCACGUUGCUCUGGAAGCGGAAACGCAACCUUCAAGCCAAAGAAAUCAUGCUUCCAUCGCCACCAGGAUCGUCCACAGCUGACAGCUUGUCAUACAUCUAUGAGUCGAGCAUCCCACGACGCUUCCACUAAGAUCUUUUUCAUUAGGAACGAUUUACUUUUGUCCCAAAGUGACGACGCCCAUGGCCAGGCACUCGGUAUAGUUACCAAAGAAGGCCGAAAAAAAGCAACCACAGCCACACGUGUGAUAUGCCAUUACUAUUGCUGUACCCCAACUAUUUGAUUGUCUUUACUUCUAUACAUAUCAAAGAAAUCUCGCGGGGCUCACCCGACCCACGUGACGAUUCAAUGAAUCCCCACGUAAAUUGUCUUCGUUCUGGAAUUUCCCCACUUGAUCAUUCGCACUUCCAAUGGUGUCUUCCCCUGGUGAUGGUUUCAUUCUUAAAAAUCCAACUCGAAUCGGGCUCAUGUUUGAGCCUGAAAGCUCUGGGCCGAAAUGGCAAAAUGGACCUGUGUGUUAUUCCGGACUGGUUUGGCAUUACGAAAAUCUGAUCUACUGUGUACACUUUCUCACCAAUCUCGUUAAGCAAAUCUCAUAAAUUUCAAGACAAAUUUGAAGAUAAAAAUUCAUGUCGUCCUUCAUAAAUAGUAAGCAUUACCAUGUCUAGCUAGCUAACUUUCAGUUCAGGCAAGUGCCGACGGCCUUGGAUUGGCCCAAUUCCCCAAAAGUGUCCGUUCAUAAACUUUGAUUGUGAUCGACAAUCCAGUACGUACUAUCGAUGUUUGCAUUAUACCUGUCAAAAAGGGUAUCGCUAUGUUAAGAUACCAAUUCAUGUACAAUAAUUACAUAAAAUAAAAUUAAAAACUACA